AAGUUGAAACCACCACAUCUAUAAUAUAGAAAAUUUACAAUCCACUUAAAUGCAGCCUUUACGUUUUAAUUUAAUCAUUUUUGUUGUAAAGUAAAAUAACAAGAAAAUUAGAAAAAAAGAGUACAGGUGUCACUAAAUGCAAGUGGGUAGUAUAGAAAUGGUAUGGCCUCUUAGGUUAGGAGGUGUGAAAUGUUAAAAGAUCGACACUACACUUGAACCCUCAGCCAUUUUCAACACUAGAAAAAGCCAUACGAACAAAUCGGUUUCGAAGAGAAAGCUUGUGUUGUGUGUGCAAUUUCACAAUGGCAGGGCGUAUUAGAUCUACACUCCCUCUCGCACGCAAAGUCCUUUUAUCUGAUUCUAGAUCCGCUCUUUAUCCCGCACUGAACUCCAAUCCCGAGUUGUCAAGAAAUUAUGCUUCUGCCCCAGCCAAAGAGCAAAAAGUAAAGGUUCCUGUGACGAUGUAUGGAGUUUCUGGAAAUUAUGCCUCGGCUUUGUACAUCUCAGCUGUAAAAGCUAAUGCCUUGGAGAAGGUCGAGUCCGAGCUUUUGGACCUUAUUGAGGCUUCAAAGAAGAGUCCUAAAUUUUCUCAGUUCAUGAAGGAUCUCUCUGUACCUACAGAGACGAGAGUGAAAGCCAUGACUGACAUCUCCUCACAGGCUAAAUUUGGAGAUCUCACGAAAAACUUCUUGGUUGUUUUGGCUGAAAAUGGGAGGCUGAAACAUAUUGAUGCCAUAGCAAAAAGGUUUGCAGAGUUAACCAUGGCACACAAGGGAGAACUUAAAGCCACUGUAACAACCGUUAUUCCACUUCCUCCAGAGGAGGAGAAAGAAUUGAAGGAGACAUUGCAAGAAGUGAUGGGAAAAGGGAAGAAGGUUAACAUUGAACAGAAGAUUGAUCCUAGCAUUCUUGGUGGGCUUGUGAUAGAAUUUGGCCAGAAAGUUUUUGACAUGUCCAUAAGGACUAGGGCACGCCAGAUGGAGAGACUCUUGAAGGAACCUAUCAACUUCUAAUUGCGUGAAAGCCCGUUUUUGUUAUUUUACCCUUUUGUGGUUUUAGCUGAAGAUGAACCACCUCUUACUUUGGACUGCCCUGAGGUGUUUCUUUCUCAUAACAAUGUUCUUCUGCUUCUUGCACAAAUAAAAACAUACUUCACAUUUGAAUCUUACAACAGGAAAACCUUGUUGAGGAUCAUUUUUUUUUUUCUCUUUUUGCACUAGUUUGAAUAACAUCUUUGUUUAUUUAAAGGAGUGAGAAAUUACUUAUAUUGAGCCUUGGUUUAUUGC